GGUGAGGAUGGUCAGAUUCUCCAAACGCAGCUGAAGCUCCUUCUGUCUGUCGAGGACUCUUAUGUUUGACCCCGUCACGUAGCUCCAAAGGAUGCACACUUCAGUCCGUCAGAUCUCUCUCUCAGGUUCCUCUUAUUUCCUGCGGCUGGACUGGAGUGGACCAGACCUGGGCUCAGGGUUCCGGCUACUGCUGACAGAUGCACAGGAUGCUUGGAGAGGAGAAGUUACUCAGGCAGCCAUAUGUGAGGAGGCAAAGGAGCUGGAGAUGGAGAAUGAAAAGUAUGUCCAAGACAUCCAGCAGGCGCUGACUGGGACAGAAAUCUCCACUUCCUACAGCUUCACUCUCACCAGCAGCAGCACGCAUGUGUUGCUGGCCUACGAGAAAGUGCAAAAAGACAUCUCAUUCAGGCUUGGUUCUGUAGCACUCACAGCCCUCUCGGAUCCUGCAGAGGCAGUGAGGGACCUACUGAUUUACAGCAUGGACAAGAGAAACUCACUGGAACGACACAACUGCAAACUAGAGGAGCAGAACCAGCGACUGAAUCAAGAGCACCAGCGCAUUACCGCACAACUGAAGCAGUACACGAGUGGAAAAAAAGCACUGGAAUUGGAACUAUACUCUCGAUUUAUCCAUGUGCUCAAUGCGAAGAAAGCAAAGAUUCGAAGUCUGCACCGUACUCUGACAAGUCUGCAGGAAGAACGAAGUUCUGAUGGAAAAACUGACCAAACUCGACAUUCUGAGCACAAUGAUGAGGACGAAUAUGGAGGAAGUACUGAAGAUGAAACCGAAGAGGCAGAACCCAAACCUGUUGAGAAGACCCCGACAGAGGUUGAGACAAAUGAACGCACAACCCCAAGCCCACUGGAUGACCUUAAUGACCUUAUAGAUGUGGCUCCAUGUCGCAAACGCCGCUUUCGUCACCUGAAUCCACCAGCUCCUCAGCCGUCUAAACCACAGACCUCCAAGAAGAGAAGAAGCGAGUCGCCUCCAGCACCCAGUGUGGAGCAGGCGCCCCACCGCUCCACAGAUGCUGCGGCAGCAACUUCAGACGCUGAGGACCUGUUUGAGGACUUCUGACCCUUCUCCAGUGGACUUCAAAAACACAAGAUUCAUGUACUGUGAACUGCCACUAAGUAGACCAAACUGAUGAAGUACUACAAGCUACAUUUUAACUUAUGAAAUAUACAUUUUUUUAUUGUUAGUGAUCAUUUUAACACCAUAAUACAUGAUAUAUAUACAGUCAAUAGAUUUUCAUUUUAAGUAAAUUUUAGACUAUCCAUUGUAUGCUUUUUGAGAGACAGGCUCUAGUCAGGAACUCCCUCAGCCUGAUCAUUUUAAAUAUUUUUUUUUGAACAUUAACUUAAUUCUUAUAAUGACAAUAAACAUAUUUUUAAAGUG